AUGUCCAAGUUGCCAAAAAUUAUAAAACAAUUUUUAAAAAUCCCAUUAAGUUUUAAAACUUACACCACAAUGCAAUCGUUUACCGAGGAGUUGCAGCAAAAUCCUUCCAUCUAUAAAGUGGAAGAUCCCAGGAGUAUAACAAUCGCUAGAAAUUGUUUAAGAUCCGGAAACGUUAUAGCAUUGCCCACAGAUACGGUAUAUGGUUUAGCAUGUGAUGCCAACAACGAAAAGGCUAUACAAAAUUUGUACAACAUCAAAGGACGAGACUUUCAUAAACCUGUGGCUAUAUGUGUUAAAGAUUUAGCAGACUUGCGCAAAUAUGGCCAAGCGGAACAUUUAAAUGAUUCUUUACUGGAACAGUUAUUGCCCGGAGCCAUUACCAUUGUAAUAGAGCGAUCAAAACAUUUAAGUAAUCCAUUUCUAAAUCCAACAACUAGUAAAAUUGGUAUACGCAUUCCUGAUUUCGAGUUUAUACAACAACUAUGUGCUAGUUUUGAUGAACAACCUUUGGCUCUGACCAGUGCCAAUCGUUCUUCAGAACGCAGUAGUUUAAAUAUUAAAGAAUUUGAUGUUUUAUGGCCAUUACUGGGCGGUAUAUUCGAUGCUGGUCAAGUAGGUUUAACAGAAGAAAGACGUUCCGCUUCCACUGUUGUGGAUUUAGCUACGCCGGGUUUAUUUAAAAUUGUGCGUGAAGGUGUAGCUUUAAAACAAACAUUAGAUGUAUUACACGCUCAUGGCCUUAAAUCAUUCGAGUCUACGAGAGUUUAGUUGUUAAGUUUUAGCAUACGAGUAAAAUUAUAUUUUUUUUUU